AAGAGUUAAACGGCGAUGAAGAAAAUAUAUAGACAGUACAGUUUAAGGACGGACCAGGGGGCCCGAGCCCUCCCGGAUCCAGAUUCCGGAUUGGGUGCCUCGCUGCUUUGGUUGUGCUGCUGGAAGUGUGAGGCGCGGCUGCUCGCAGUCCCGUGGCCUUGAGGCAGAUGUUUCUUAUCUCUAGGGCACAGGGACGCUGGCGACAGCUCUCCGUGCCGGGCGCCCGGAGAAGCGUGUGUGCCUGUGCCGGCGGCCGCCCUCCUUGCGCUGACUCCGCAUUCCGCGUCACCCCGUCAUCUCUCGGUUCGUGCCCGUCCCUCUUCCGGCCCCUUUCGGCCCAGUUCCCGUAGCUGAUCGCGCACGAGCCGCGUGCUGGUUUGCAGCCACUUCAGACCUGAGGAAGCUGUUCGCCCACGGGCAGGCAGAUGGCUUCUCACAGUCACCUCCGUGUGGCACAGGUCCAAUGGCACCGGCCCUCUUCUCCCCAGCACCCUGCUCUCGCAGCCUGGCUGCACCGGGCGGCCUUUUCCACUCUGUCCCCAGGUCACCCAAGGCACCAGGGCUGUUUGAGAAUAAGCCGGGGCCUUUGGGCUGUUUUCUGGGAGUGGAGGGUUCACAGCCCGAGGAACGCUGAGCCCGGAAGGAGUCGUCCUGGUGCCCCUGCCGUGCACCUCUGCCCGCGUGGUCCUGGCUCUGCCCACUGGUGUGGUUUGGGUGGUAAUUGGUGAUUUGCCAGGAAAUCCUCCAUUUCCCCUCGAGGCUUCAAAUCAGUGCUCUCGCCGUGUCUACGAUGGGGGGUGUCAGCGCUCUUGCCAUUUCUGUGAUGGGGUAACAGCUCCCCGUGCGGGGCAUCUCCAUCGGGGAGGGGCACAGAGAGCCCGGGGCUCCAGCCGCCUCCCCUCAGCAGACGGUGGAGGCGACUGUGCUGCCUGGUCUGUGCGGGGGCGGGCGGGCGGGGGCCCCAGAGGAGGCCACGCUCAGUGCCGACCCCUGGCCCUGCCCAUCUGAAGCCUCGAAGCGAGUCCCCCUGGCAGUUUCCUGGAGCCCUGGGAGGAGGGCGGUCACUGUCCAUGGGCGACCCGGAGCAAGGGCGCUGGCGUUGACGCGGACCGACUUGUCCCCGGGCAGAAGACCAGGCGCUCGUGUCGGUGGCCGCCCCUCGCCCUCGCUCAUCGUCUUCAGACGAGGGGCACCAGUGCCACCCUGGCCUCUCAGCCCAGCAGAGGGGACCCCGCCGGGAGCAGGCGGCUGCCUGGGGCUGGGCCGUGCUCACCACACCUCCUGGGAUGCAGGCUCCACGGGGCGGCCUCUGCCGCCACCGUGUGUGGCCCGAGGUCGGGGCCCCCGGGGCCUGGCAGCAGGAACUGCAGCCAGGAAAUCCGAGCACUGCUUUGGAGCCGGGACGCGGGGGACCCUGGGACGAGGCAGCUGAGUGUUGGAGCGCAGGCCCUCCAGCUGCUCAGGAAGGCAGAUUCCCGGGGAGGUCACAGGCUCGGCCGAAAGCCAAGCCGUGUUCCCUGAGCCAGCGUGGCUGUUCCUUCUCGGAGAGGGGGGCCCCUGUCCAGCCUUGCGUGGUGCGUCCUGAAGGCAGCCGCUCUCCUCUUGAGCUCACAGGUGACCCUGUGCAUCAGGCGGCCCCAAGGCCAAAGCCUCACCACACCAGGCAGGGCGGGAGCCUCGCCAGCUUUGUGCCCAUCCCCCGUGAGGCCCGGGUGUGGGGGCUGCUUCUCAGUCCUGUCCAGUUUUCAGCUGUGGGGACCCUGCCCUGGUGGCUCCGCGGGUGCAGCCACGGGGGCGGGGGGUAGGCAGGCUGCACGCCCGGCUCACAGCCCUGAGCCUCUGGGCCUGGACGCCCUUAGCUGAGUUCCUGAUCGCGUAAGCGUGGCUCAUUCUCCUGUGCAGGUCACGCUGCCUGCGGCAAGGGCGUCUGAGGGAGGUCGGCGCGUGAGCAGCCCUGCCUGCGCCGGGUCGGCGCGUGAGCAGCACGUGUGUGAGCGCGCAUCUGCGUGUGAACCUGCACACGCCCACGGGCCGCGACGACGGAGGAGAUGGGCUCGUCGAUCCUUGGUGGGCGGAAGCUUCCUCCUCGCGUCCCCUCGUGACGUGUUGUCUGCAGAGCACAGAGGAGACGUGGGCUGUUGGCCGUCCCACUCGGACCGGGCCAGUGUCCUGCGGGUGGCCUGGGCUUGCGGGCACCACGGAGACGUGGCACCCCCCGGGUACUGAGGGCUGCAAGGUCACCACCACGGCUCUGGCCUGAGCCCAGUGCCCCCGCGCCGGGGCUGGCGACAUGCAGGAGCCCACCCUCACCCCGUCUCCCACCCCUGGUUCAAGAGGACACGUCCUCUGCAAGAGAGGCCACGCCGAAAGCACAGCACCAGGGGGUCGGCGGGGGGGCCCUCGGCCUUGCUGGAGCCGCUGGCAGCGUGGGGCUGGGGCUCGGGUCCUGUGGGUGUCUGGGGUUCUGAGGAGCUGAAACAACCAAUAUUUAGGCCAGAUUUCCUAAAUUUGAGACAUUGACUCAUAUCGGCAAAUCACAUCAUGCGGCAAACCAAGCACGUGUGUGGGGCUCAGCCCGUGAGCCACCGUCCGAGGCCCGUGCCUGUUCUCAGCGGCGGGGCUGCCGAUGGCCCGGGGCCUCUGUCACCACGGCGGGCGGCCUUCCUCCUGCACCUGGCUGGUCGGUGCCCUGACCCCACAUGUGCUGGGGAAGGGGGAGUGGGGGCCAGGUGGUAACAUCCAUGUGCUCACGUGGGCGUGAGGACGGCACGGGUCCCUGUGGUGGAUUGAAACCCGUGUUAGAGUGUGUGCAGAAAGGGCCAUCCGUGUCUGGUUACACCUUAGUCCUGGCAAAGCCCACGGGCCUGGCAGGUGGGGGCCGGAACACGAGUGUCCCAGAGACCCCAGCCUGGCCCCCGUGGUGCUGACCCGGGGUGGGUCUGGGUGAGGUCGGAGCGUGGAUUCAUGGCCUACAGUGGGGUCACACGUGGCCCCCAUCUCCAUCACUGUCGGAUGACACCCUCCCCCCCCGCCCCCGGGUUCGGGGGUCUGUCCUGGGAGCGGAUUCUGAGACUGCAGGCUGCUCUCGGAAGGGGCCUCCGCAUGGCCCAGGGCUCAGCGUCAGCGCUGGAACCUCCAGCUGGGGUGGCCGCUCCUAACGUUGAGUCAGGGAGACCCAUGUGCUUCUUCGAGGGCCAGCUCUGCAGGUUCCCCCAAACCACUGCGCCCCCGGUCCCCUCCACCUCCGGCUCCGAGGACAUGCCGCGUCCUGCGAGUUGGUGCUUACUCGACAGAAAGGCCGGCGGAGUCGGGAGAGAUGCGUGAUGUUUCAGACCCCCCACCCCCGGAGAGCCGUCUCCGCUUCCCAGGACAGCCGGGCACCUUGGGGUCCUUUAUGAAAUCAUUUCUGAAAUUAAAUCACAGAGAGAUACCUGCAAGAAGUGAGGAAAUUAUUCUCACUCCAUUCUUGGGGCCAAGUUGCAAAUCAACUGCAGAAUAUGUUUUGAAAUUCCCUUUUUAAAUGAAUGCGGUCAAUGAAAAUGCGGAGCUAUCAGCAGCACGUGCAGUCUCCUAUUGCGAGAUGAAGAAAAUCCCGUGAUAGAAUUCAAGCCCCAUGGAACGGGUCUGAAAGCCGAGAGCAGCCUCGCACAGGCCGAGGUGCUGAUGAAACGGAAAAUGCACUUCACACGCUCUGCACACGCAAAUUGCAUCCGUCAGAGCGUUUUUGCAGAGAAUGAGGCACUUCCUCCCUUUUGCGCUCGUUGUCUGGGGGGUGGGGGGUGCUGGGUCGGGGGCUCCGCCGAUGAACCUGCACAGCAGCUCCUUCCUGAGGCUGGAGCGGGGCUGGGGGCUCAGACCCUCUGCUUCUUUGUCUGAGGGGAGCCCUGGGGUGGGGGGAGGCCCUCCCUUGGUGGUUUUGGUAUUGUCCUUUGCGGCAGUGAGACGCCAUCCAGCCAGGGCAAGGGGCACCCCUGCCCGACCCAUGCUCUGACCUGCCUGGAUGUGUGAGCCUUUGCGGAGCUGGACCCGCUGGGGAGGGCACAGAGGACGACCUGGCCUUGGGGAGGUUCCUUGGUGGAGGGACAGAGCUGUCUCCUCCCCGCGCCUCUGGCUUCCCCCGGAGGCUGGACAGCGACGCCUCAGGACAGGCCCCGCAGUUUCGCUGCGGCGAAGGGCCCAUCCUGGCCCCAGGCAAGGUCUCCUGGCAGCUCUGGAGACAGCCGGGCGGGGCCGGCAGCACCACUCUGCGCCCACCCCGGCCCCCACCCAGUCCUCAGACCCACAGGCCCUGCGUCCUCUGCUCCUCUCCUGGCUUGCGGGCGCCUACCCCCACCCCCAACCCGCACGGUGCCCCUGUACCAGCAUUUAGCAGGUUGGUUGGGGGUCGGGUGGGGGUUGGUUUUCAGUUUGUUGACUUGCGGUGGCCAUCGGGUUGGCUGAAGGAGUGGUGGGGCCCAGGUUGGAGCCACUGCCGCUCCAGCCUUAGGAUUCAGGCUUCACGGGUCCUGCUGCAGCAUCCAGCAGCUGCAGCCAGGCCGUAGCCCCACGCACUGUGCCGAGGCAGUGGUGGGGUUUGGGGGCGGGGGGCGCCUGAGCAGCACCUUUGACGGCGGCAGCACCUGUUUGCGGUGACAGUGACCAUGCUCUCUGGCCACUCACAGCCACUGGCCUUGCAUCCUGACAGCAGCCUGUGGGCUGUGGUCUUAGCCCUGCUCACAGAGGUGGGGCUGCAGCCUCCCAAGCCUCCCCCACCAGAAGCCCUGAAGGGAAGAGGCUGUCAGACACAGGACCCUCUGAAAGAGAAGUAAAGGUACCCACCGCGUGCCGAGCCAUGCCCGGCUGUCCUGGGGCCUCUGGGAGCUCUUCUGCAGACUGUCAGGCAUCCAGGUGGCCUCGCCCUGGCCCCCCUGACAUCCAGCUGGACCACAGAUGGCCCUGCUGUGUCCCGGUCCCCGCAGAGGUCAGUGUGCCUGCGUCCCGACAGGACGUGAACUGGAGCAGGGCCCGCGUGGCAAGGCUCAGCCCACCAACCCAGAUGCCUUCAAAACUGCCGGCUUUUUUCACUGCCUUUUUGAUCCUAGUGAAAUUGUGCUGAUUUCUGUGCGUUUUCUGGCCGCCACCACCAGGCCCAUCCCUUUGCUUUUGUUGCUCAGCCCCUGCAGAAAACCAGACCUCCUGGGUCCUCUCGCCCAGGUGACGGGAUGGUGGUGUCGGGAACGGGCACAGGUGCGGAGCCCAGAGGGAGGUUUCAGGCCCUGGCUGGGGCUCAGCACCCGCACGGCUCACCAAGGGGGCGGCUGUUCCUCAGACCGGGACUCUGCAGCCCUCUCUCCGGGAAGAGCAAUCCUGACCAGACCUGCUGCUUCAGAAAUGAGUCUGCAGGCCUGGUCUCCACACUCACCAUAUUAGCAAAAAAAGCCAGGAGGAACCGUGCACUUCAGCAAUGAGCUGUUUUAAUUGCAUCUUAAAAUAGAAUUGCAAUAAAGAACUUUAAACUGUGACUAACCAACUGUGUUUAAGGGACCCCCCAGCACAGCCAGACGCGGGCAGGCUAAUAAAGUCUGCCCACUCACCAAGCCGCAGCCCCUAGCGGGGCGCCGGGGGCCUCGGCCCGCCUGGCCUCCCCGGCCCCUUCCCACGUCCGGCCGCGCCGUGCAGGGCGGGCACUGCCUGGGCCUUGAAAGCAGGAGGGAGAAGGGUGCCCCGUGGAGUCGCUCAUCGCCCCUCAGAGGAUCUCUGGUCCCCACACACCCUGCCCUGCGCUCCGGGCCAGGACUCUGCUCCUGUCUGCGGGGACCCUGGGGGCGGGGUGCGUGUGGGCGUCUGACCGAGGACCACGGCAGGGCCGGGCGGGAAGGGGCGCUCCCGGGGGCUGGGCAGGCCUGGCCUGGGGGCUGGACCCCACCGGUGCGGAGCCUGUGGUCCAGCUGAGGGCAGAGCGGAGCCGGCCCGAGCAGGGUGCCCAGGGGCUGCAGCCUCGGCACGGCGGGGUCUCCGCAGGGCGGGGCCGCGGCCGCAGGAAGCACAGAGCUCGGGUGGGCAGAGCCGGGGGUGAAAUCUGUUGCUGUUCCCUCUCGUUUAAUUACCGGCGUGGCAGUUGCAGAGUUGAAAUGGAGCUUAAAAAGCCUUUGUGAGUAAUUAGUGUCAAAAACACAAGAUCUACAAAGCCAUAAACUCGCAGCUUGGUGAUGUUACCAAGAACUAAUUAAAAAGGAAAAGGAAAAAUUUCCUUUUGUGAUCAGGUCUUCAGCCCUGCCAGGGAUGAUAAAAAACAAGGCGGUGUGGAGAUGAUGCGAUGCCUGGGGUCGGGGGCGGUGGGCACGAGGCCGGUGGCACACGUGCGAGGGCCUGGCUCCCGUGACCUCCGCCGGGCGCACCUGUGGUCCCCCACCCCACCCAGGCCAGUCGGCCGGCUGAGGGCAGGACAGAAAUCCAGCCACCUCAGAACACUUGGCCGAUGCUUGUCCUGAGGGAUGGAGUCACCUCAGGCCGGGCGUCUGCCACCUCUGAACUCGGUACAAACACUCCCGCUGCGUCUGGCCUGCGAAUAACUAACUCUCCGCCUCACGGUGGCAGCGUCAGCCCAAGGCGGCUGCUCCGCCCGGCACUGGAGCGUUCUGGAAGCCCGGUCCCAGGAAUGCUCUUACCCCAGAGCCAGCAAAAUGCACCCAGCACCGCGGCCCCCCAGCAGCAUUGGGCACCGGGCAGAGCCAGACCUGCCCGGCCGCCUGAGACGCCCCUCAACACCCGCGCCCUCCGUCACCUGGCCUCGGCGCCCGGACUCUCAGCCCCCGGGCCUGGUCCUGCCGUCGGCGUGCCGCGGAUCUGGCGCGGGACCCGGAGUCGGUGUCCGGUGGCAGCGGGGAGGUGGUGCUGGUGUGCGUGGGGACAGAGCCCCUCCUGGAGCCCAGGUCACUCUGUCCCUGGGCCCGUGGCCGCUGGGUCAUCGUGCUGGAGGCCCGUGCUGCAGACACCUGUCCAGCCCGCCGUGACCGACGGAGGAGCAGUGUGCGGGGCAGCUGCGCUCACGGGCCCACGGGGUCGUGGCCGGGAGAGGGGCGGGCGCGUCGGGCAGCGGGACGGUGGGGGCGGCCGGGGCUGGGGCGCGGCGUCCGAGCGGCCGCCCCAGCCUUUUGUCAGCCUUUUUUAUCCCGAAGUGUUUCGUGUUUUGCCUGUGGUAAGUUUGUGCCUUUGCUUCCACUUUGUUGGGAGCGUCUGAAAACAGUUCCGUCGUGUGUAUGGCCUUUCGUCUGGCACCUCACUGUCUCACGCACCUGUUCUAACGGCUCUUGGACGUGUCGUGUUGGCUUUUCUACAGGCAGCGGUGCCGUCCGUGGAUAAGGGCCGCCGGCGCUUCCGCAGGGGCGGUCUGGAGGGUUUCCUGCUUUUUCUCGCCUUGUUUCCCUGGCCAGCUCCUCCAGAACUCCAGUGAGUCCACGUGUGGAGGGAGCAUUCCUGCCCGCAGUCCAGGCUGAAGGGACACUUCUGAUCGUGCGCCGAGCGUGGUGUCAGCUGAGGGUUCGUCGGAGAGGCCCUUUAUCAGGCUGAGGACCUUGUGGUCUAAGCGUCGUCGGCCGAGGGUUUUUUGGAGGAAUGCGUGCUGGGUUCGCUGUCUGCUGGGAUAGUGCGGCUGUUUGUCUUUCCUUUGUUAACACGUGGAAUUACUCUGAUGGACUCCGACGGCCGGCCGGCCGCGCCUUCCUGGGUCCACUCGCUUGGCUUGUCUCUUGGGCAUGUUGCUGGACGUGCAUGGCCCGCUGUUUGGUUUCGCGUUUCUGCGUCUCCGCCCUGAGGAUUGCUGGACCGCGAUUUUGCCCUCACAGGGUUGUCGUCUGAUCGUGGUGGCACGGUGACACGCAUCUCCCAGCACGAGGUGGAAAGCAGUCCUCCUGGGUCCCCGCACCAGGCACGGAGGCCGGGCGUUCUGUCCUCUGGGAGUGCUGCACGGCAUCCCUCGAACGCCGGCCAGCCUUGCUGAUUUCUUUGUGAGGUGUUUCCCUACUAACGCGUUUUCCUUGCCAGCCAUUGGACCACUCAGGAUGUCUUUCCUUUUCGGUCUUUCGAAGAAUUUGUCCGUUUUAUCUAAGCCACCAAACACAUUUUGGCAAAACGUUGUUGGUAAGGUUUCCUUUUUGUCCUUCGAGGGCCCGUAGAAUCCGUAGGGCUGUCCCCGCUCUCAUUUGUGACGCUGGUAAAUUGUGUCUUCUUUUAUUCCUGACUGACCUGGCCGCUCCAUCAAUUUUAUUCAUCUUCCGAAAGAAGCCGCUUUUGGCUGCGUGCUCUCCAGCGCGUUCGGUCUGCUGUUGCACUGAUGAUGCUUUGAUGUUUACUUCCUUCCUUCAGUUGCCUCUGGGUCUCUUCUGCCCUUUUUUAUUUUCAUUUCUUAAGGUAGAAGGUUUCUCCUUUUCUAAUUUAGACACUUUGGCGCUAAAAAUGCUGAUAUUUUGUUCUACCUUCAUUUGGUUCCAAGUGCUCGUUUCCCUUCUGCUGUUUUUCCCUUUGGCUCAUACAUUAUUUAGCGGUAUGUUAGUAAGGUCCCAAACAUUUUGAGAUGUUUCCAGGUGCAUUUCUGUUACUCGCUUCUGAUGGACUCUCAUUGUGGUCAGAGAACCCAACUUUGUAUGCCGCGAAUCCUUUUAAAUGUAUCGAAAUUUGUUUCAAGGUUCAGAAUGUGCUUUCUCUGGGUAAAUUACUUGCAGAUGAUUUGUGUCCUGCUGGAGUGUGCUUCAGACGUCAGGUCAGCUUUGUUUGUUGUUUUGAUGUCGUCCAAUCCUCUGUGCCCUUGCUGACUUGCCGCCUCCCUCCCCGCCGGUAGAGAGGGGGUGUUGAAAUCUCCCACGACAGUCCUGGCCGUGUCGCUUCCGUCGUGCAUUUCUCUUCACUCCUGUUUCUGGUGAUAAUUGACGCCCGUCUUCCUUUCGAACUGACCUUUCCCCUCGGUAGUGCUCUCUGCUCUGAAAUGUACUUUGUAUGAUACUGACGCGGCCACUCCUGCUCUUGGCUUCUGUUGGAAUAGUGCCUCUUUUCCACACGUUUCCUGUUUCAUGAGCUGCGUGUCGCGGGGCCUUGCGUGUGUGUGUCGUGUGACAGUCUCUGCCUUUUCACGGGGGUCUUCGGACCCCUGCGUUUAAGCCGACCACCGCUCUGUGCCCAGGUCUCAUCGUUUGCUUUCCGUUCGUCCCAUGCUUUGUUCCUCUCUUUCUGCCUUCUUUAGGAUUAACGGAGUAAUUUGUACAAAUCCAUGGAUCUCCUUUCUGACUUGUUCAUCAUAACCUCAUCUUGCUGCUUCUCAGGGUGCUUGAGGCCUCGUACUGUGCCUCUUUUCCCAGGUGACUUCAGCUGCCCUAACGCCACCCCACACUGACCUGAAGAGGCUCCGACUAUGUCCCCCCCCCCGCCCCCCCGCUGUCCCACUGCCCACUGGCUUUCAUUGUUUCCAGCGUGAGGUCUGCUGUCAGCCCCCUGUGCGCCUCUGAUCACGGGGCUGGUUUCCUCUGGCUGCUGGAAAAAUGUUGGUAGCUGGUUUCGAGUGAUUUGAUGACAGUGUACUUUGGUGUCAUUUUCUUCCUUUAUUUUUUGAGCCGGGAGGGUUCACUGACCUGUUUGGAUCCGCCAGUUCACGCGUGUCAUCACAUUGCAAAUGCUCUGGGCUGUUACUUUUUUCCAAGUGUUGUCUUCUGUCCUCCUGGGUUGAUAACCCGUCACUGCGUAACAGAGUGCCCCCAACCUUGGUGGCUCGGCCCACCCCCGCCUCAGGGUCUCUCACAGGCUGUGGUCAGACUGGCGGCCAGAGCCGCAGUCCCCCCGCACCCCGACCGGGGCAGGGGCGAAGGGCUUCUCGUUCACUCACCUGUGGCCUCAGGCCCUUGGGUCCUCACGUACAUCGUGGCAUCUCGCUUCGUCAGGGGCAAGACGCAGACAGGGAGAGCCCCGCCGGGUCGCCGGUCCACCCUGAUGUCACCUCAGAAGUGGCAUCCCAUCUCAGAGUCACACCCUAGGGUAGCGGGUUGCACCGAUGCCAAUUCCAGGAGGCAGGGUUUGCUGGGAGCCGUUUCAGAAGCCGCCUGCCCGUGCGUCUCAGCCUCUGCUUCAGGGUCUCUGUGGGGUGUGUGGUGCGUCCCUUGGUGGCCCCACAGCCCGUUCCCAGAGCCCCUCCCUUUCCUCCUCCUCCCCUCAGCCUCCCUCCCCGCCUCCCCCCUUUUCCCUCUCUCUCCCCCCGUCCCUCUCAUUCCGAUUGGCUUCCGCUGCUGUGUUUUCAGGUUCACUGAACUUCUGUCCACGACGGCGGGUCUGCCCUUAACCCACAGGACACUUCCCAUCGGGGGUCUUCCCUGUAGAAGCUCCCUUGCUCUCUCUUCUCUCUUCCGCUUUCUGCGCACCUGGAAUAAAGUCAUAAACACUGAUUUAGGGUCACCUGCGGAUUCCAGCACCAGUCUCAGUUCUGAAUCGAUCUCACUUGACUGCUUUCUCUCUUCCCCGAGAUCGUGUUCUCCCGAUUUUUGCGUGUCUGUCGUCUUUGAUGGGUGCGAGCGUGGUGAAUUUUGUCCUGCUGGCCUGGGGGGCUUCUCCUGCUCCUGAGCGUUGUUCAGGGUGCCGUUAGUUUCCCGGAAAUACCAUGGUUCUGAGGUCCUGGUUCAGGAUCUGGGAGCAGGACCAGAGCGACCUGUAGGCGAGGUGACCGUGCUCUUGCCGGGGGGAGGCGCUUUGUGGUUCCCCGCCCUCUGACGAUGGCCUUUUCUGGUGUGGCUGGCAGGGACAGGACUGUGUAGUCUGGGCCAGCUUCUCCCGCUGUUGGGGGCUUGCUCUAAUCCUCUUCGGUUUAUCUCCUGGUCUCAGGUGGUUUCCUCCACGUGUGCUCCGAGUGCUCAGGGACCCCUGCGCCGUCCGUCCUCCAGGCAUGGCUCUCCUCUCGGGCCCUCGGCCCUGCACCCUCUGGCCACCGGUCUCCCCAGACUCAGCUCAGGGAGUCCAGCCUACCUGGCCCCUCCCUCGUGGUGCCCUGAAUGUCCCCUGAGGAGUAAACUGGGUUGUCACAGGGCUUGCCUCCCAUCUCCCAGGACCCCUGCCCCUCGUGCCCUCACAUCCCAGGACCUGAAAGCACCGUCUUGUCUUUGUGUCUCAUUUUUCUGGUUAUUUCAGGCAGGUGGGUGAAUCUCCCUAUUUUUCCCCGAGCUGCCCAUCAUCUGAGCCCACCAACCACCUCCCAGGUGGGAACACAGACACGUGUCCCCACAUCAGUGGAGGAGAGUCCAGCUCAGAGAGGUGGGUGAGGUGCCCGAGCGGAGCAGCCAGCGUUGAACCCAGCUUCUGAGGCUCUGUCUCUGCCGUUGGUCCAACCACGUGGCUCUCGAGGCGAUUCUGUGGCCUCUGUGGGCUUCUCAGAAUCCCUCGGAGGCGGGAGGCGGCUGGCCCUGGAGAGCAGGAGGGAGGCGGUCUGCUCUGUGCCCAGCCUGCCCGUCCUCUCCCGUCCGCCCCGACCUGGCGGCCUCCACUCCCCACCCAGCAGGAGGCCUGGGCCUGGGCGAGCAAGCUGCUGGCCUGGGCACCGCGUGUGCAGGGCCAGGCUCCUGAAAUGACCGCUCCCGGGCCUCGCCGCCCCACGUGCGGCCUCCUGUCCCUCGUGAGCUGCAGGAACAGCUGCGUCUGGCUCUAAAAUGGAGCAUCCAGGAGGCUGGAGGCUGUAUAAAUAGAAUAAUAAUAAUAAUUGCAGGUUUGAGAUCGAUCUGUAACUGUUGGGGUGCCUGGCCUUGCUAUCCCCCCAUUCACUCUUGGGAAAGGUCACCCCUAGCUGGGGACGGUGAAUUCCAAUAACGCUGGUAUAAUUAGAACAUGCAGUAUUUAGAUGUUUUUUCAGUACAAUUAAGCAGGAAUAAUUGGGUGAGCUAUUUUCCCCCCGUGCUGGACAUGCUUUUCUGCCAACUUCCGUUCCCUGGAACUUGGUGCCGGGACAGCGUUCUCAGCAUUCUGGCCGAGUCGUUCUGACCCACUUGCCGUGUGUCCCUCUCUUGUUCAGCACAGGGACCCAGAACGAGGGGCCACCCCACCCCCCCAGCCACCCACCCGCCCUGAGUGGCACCUGUGGUCCGGGCAGCCACGCCCCGCUGCAGGGGGGGACGCCAGGCUUCAGGUGGCCGGGCCGAGCUGGCAGGCCCGCAGAGGGCUGUGGUGGCCCGCAUGGGGGGACAGUGUCCUCGAGGCGCUGAGGCUGGGAGAGAGCAGAGGGGUGGGCUGGGAAAGCCCAUCCUCGUGGGGCGAGAGGGUCCACGGACCAGGUUCUCGGGGGGAGGGGUACAUCUCCCCCACGGAGCCCAGCGGGGCGGGCCAUGCCGAGCCGUCUGCCAGCGUCUGCAGGCUGCCAGCUGCCACACUGGAUGUCACCUGCAGCGCAGACACCUGGGGGCAGGCAGGUAGGGCCGCCCAUGGAGGUGCCCCCCAGCCAAGCUCACACAGCCUUGGAGGCCAACAGGUGGUGACAGGGCACCAUGACCGGUUGUCCCUGGAGUCCCAGUGCAGACACAACACGUCCCCACCACAGCCAAGCCUCGCAGAGCACCCAGGCCCCGCCGGCUGGCCGAGCCGGGUGUCAGCACGCAUCUGUAGCGGUGGGGGGCAGGGUGGGGGGGUGCCUCUUCUCCAGGCUGCUUAGCUGUCACGGAUAUAAUUUAGAUUUCUUUUUCUGAUCACAAAUAUAAUGUGCAGCCAUCGUUUAAAAGGAAAAAGCACCCUGGGGACAGCCGAAAACCGUACAGGAGCACGUCGCGCCUCCACUCUGAGCUAACUGUGCGGCGUUCCUGUUCCGCCGGGCCUUCCGUUGGCCUCUGCCUCGCUGUCCGUCAAGGGCUGAGGGCCGGGGUACGGCUGCAGCCCCGGGGCGGGCUCCGGGGCUCCAUCCAGUACAGAACGUCAGGGUGGGUGCUGGCCAGCGGGCUCAGCCGCCCUCCACAGUCCGGCCUGGGAGCUCACGGAAGGCCUUGGAAAUGUUAGAUUCUCCGCUCGAGAAACCCUGGUUCUCCCGGAAGAUGGAGCGUUUUUAUUUCCUCUCAGCCUCGUCCAGGUGGGAGCCUCACCGUCCCUGGGCUCAGAGCAGUGUCUGCUGGAUCCAGAGGAGGGGGCCUCUGGGGGGCCCAGUGUGGUAGCAGAUGAGCCCACAGCUGGGCUGCCGCCGGUCGCGUGUCCCUGAGCCGAGCUCAGAGUCCCGGUGGGCCAGCACCCGGGGCGGGGGGUGCCCAGACAGAGGGUCAGCGGGAACAGCUGGGCCGGCCUCGUCCAAGUGUGAGGAGGGCUCCAGUUAGCCCAGAGGCCCGAGCCGCAGCCCAUGGGCACCGGGCACAGAGCGCGGUGCAUGCCUGCAGGGGUCACUGCCACGGGGCCCUCGGCUCCUCGGGCAGGGUGGCCGGCUGGGCCGAGACCCAGCUCAGGGCCUGGCUCUGCCGGGACUGGCCCAAACGCUCCUGUCCCAGCUGGAGCAGCCCCGCAAGGCCUCUCCCAGUCCCCAGUCCCCUGUCCCCACCCCAUCCUGCUCGCAGUGGCCCCAGGGAUGAGGCCAGGCAGAACGGCUGGCUCACAGGAAGGGCCACCGGGAGCUCUGUCCGGGUGGGCCUGUGUCGGUGUCACCCGCAAAUCUGAACACACCGUUUUCCCGCUGCUGUGAAGACAGCCACCCAGAUGCACAGCCGCAGCUUCCUGCCAGAGCUGGGCGCCUCUCUCAGGACAGCCCUGCGGGAGCAGAGAGCAGGCGCGGGCAUCUGAGCCCAGGGGAAGGGGACCCACCUGUUGGCAGGUGGCCUGCCCCACCACGGCCCCAGAUUGCCGUCAUCAGGUGUGUCCUGGGAGUAGAGCGGCCGAGCAGACAGCCCUGGCACCAGGGCAAGGGCACAGGCGGGCAUCCGAGAAUCUCCGGGCAGGGCGCCCUCUCCCCUCCCACAGGGUCUGUGCAGGGCCCGUGCUGCGCGUUCCCACGGCUCCCGGCUUCUGUGCGUGUUGUAGUUGAUGCUUCGAGCUCUAGGUGUCCAGUCUAAGAAUUCCUUGCCCUGGCGUUUCUUCUUUGUGGUCGCCGGGGUAGUUCCCCCCACCCCACACCCCCGGCUCUUUACCUUCCAGUCCACGAUGCAGUGUAAGUUAAAUGUUACACGGAGUGUGAGGUUCAGGUCAAGUUCCGUUUUUCUAACGAGGGCUGUUGAUCUGCUCCGGCACGUCGGCGGCAAAGGCUGCAGAGGCGCCCAGGACGACCCGCCGUCCUGCUUGUUAGAGCCGAGCGGGCUGUCGAUGGUUUUCCUCCGAGGGUCUCUGUCCUGUGCGCUGGGGUGCCCCGUACCCCGUACCAGCCCACCCUCCUGGGGUGCCCCCGGGCCCCGUACAAGCCCACCCUCCGGGGGUGCCCCCGUGCCCCGUACCAGCCCACCCUCCUGUUUCCUAGCUUGCUGAGUUUGCUCAUGGGCGGGUGUUGAAUUCCAUCGGAUGCCCGUCUUUAGCCUCUGGGUGCGCCGGCUCGGUCACGGCAGUCUGGAGCCAGACUGGACCGGGUCCUGGCUGGUCCUCGGAGUUCACGGGCGAAGUUGGUCUGGACACGUCUGUUUGCUUUGUGCUGAGCCGCUGUCUUUGUCAGUUUUGGACUCAGGUUGAUCCUGGCCAGGGGGUAUCCCUCCCGUACUCUGGGCAGGAUUGUGUAAAAUUGGCUUUAAUUCUCGUUUAAAUGUUUGGUAAAAUUCUCCAGGGAGGGAUCUGGGCUGGAGCCGGGAUGUGUGGCCGUCUCGGCUCCGCUUUGGGACCAUGUGCUGUCCGGGAAUUGCCCCCUUGUCAGGCGUCAGCUCCGUGGGUGCCAAGGGCUGGCCGUGUUCCCUUCGUCUGACAGCUCCGGGGCCGCUGUGAGCGUCCGUUUCAUUUUUGCUGUUGGGAACCGCCAGGCCCUCCUUUCGGUCCGUGUGGGAGGCGUAUGGGCCCUGUGGUCGUUUUCAGAGGAUGAGCCUUCAGCGUGAGUCCGCCUCUGGCCCUGCUCUGCUCCUUCCUUUCUCGUGCUCUCGUGUCCUCUCUCCUGUCUCGAGCGGCUCGAGGUGGGGCUCAGACAGCUGACUGGGGCGCUCCCCGCAGCCUGCUGGGAGCGUCCAGCCCGUCGCUGUCCCCUCGGCUCGCCCUGGGUGCGCCCACAGACUGUCGCCUGGUCACUGGGUCCCCGUGCUGUGUUCCUUCAGGGUAGCUCCUCGGCCGAGGGCCGUCUAGGACUUAGACGUGUGCAUUUCGCCUCCGCGCGUCUUUUAGGGUCCGGCUCCCGGUCCUCCCGACGCGCCCCACCGUGUCCAGAGGGGAGCGUUUAGGUCCCGGGUCCCUCUGUCGUAUUGUGUGAACGCGGUUUGUUCCAUCCAGAUGGGGCUCCAGGCCUCGGGGGGCUCCGCCCUCCAGAUUCCGCCUCCGUCGGUCUCAUCAUUUGUGAAACGUCGCGGGGACCAUCAGCGAGGGCGACUCCGCGCUUGCCAGGAACCCUCACUCCGUGGGGGCUCUUCCCUCCUGGGGAAUCGCCAUAAAGGAGCUUUAAGAAGCGCAGCUCGGGGCCAGCCUGCCGUUAGGGCGUCGAGGCCGCCUUCACAGGCCCCUCGGGGCAGGCGCGGCGGGAGCCCCAUGCAGGGUGGCCUCUGCGUCCGUGUGACAGUGACCCGCAGCGGCAGAGAGGGAUGGGGCCCUCACGUCCGGGCUUCCCCGCCCACCGUGCCCCGGCACCGUCACGGGGCCCUUCUCCGCCACCGCUCCACGUCCAGACCUCAGCCCAUGCCGGCUGGUUGCCCCCGGGCUGCCCGGCCCUGCUGCCCAGCGGGCGGAGGUGGCCCCGGGCGAGGCCACGCUGCGUCGUGGCUGAGCGUCUCUCCUCGCGGGGCGCCCACGGGCACGGCCCUGUCCCUGCCAGGCCCUGACCUGCCGCAGCACCGUCAGCAGUUGGCUUCGUUAGGAAUUGCACUCUGGCUCUAGGAGAACAGCCCUAAUUAGAGUGACUUCCGGGGGCCUGGGGAUGCGGAGGUAUUGAACACAGAGCUGGCUGACACGUCUGAAGACACGGCAGCUCCAAGGAACGGGGUGCAGGCUCAGGGCACCACGUGGAGGGGGGCUGAGGCCUGGGGCGCUGGGGCCUCGGGGCGCAGACACUGACUUGGGCUGAGUGAGGAGGCGGCCCUGGCCCUCCUUCCCUGCCCGGUCCUGCCACAGCCCCGGCUACGGGGGCAGGCUGUGCCCAGGAACUGCCCAGGCCGGGCACAGAGCACACCCGUGACAUCGGGUGUGGGGGGAGGGGCCCGGAUGGACCCCCGGUCAGCGCGGCGCUGGGCCUGCUCAUCAAGCAGCAGCUCCUGUGCGGGCCCCACGGGGCACGUCUGACGCAAGUGAAGGGUGUCAGGCCCUGCGAUCUGCAGGGUUGGGGAGGCGCCCAGGGGACCCUGAUUUUAAGUCGGAGCUGAAGACCCCCCCGGGGGGGAGCAGGAAGACGGGGGGCAGAACAGGAGGAAGGAGGGGCUGUGCCCCCCCCGCCUCCGCCCGUCUGUGCUGAGCUGACGGCUGCAGGAAAACCAGCCCCUCUGACAUUUAGGGGAAAAACUCAGAAUCAGGAUCAGAAGGCAGAAAUGAAAGGAUUUUCUUGGUAAAGGUCAGACUGGUUUCUCUGAUUUUGUUUAAAAGUGGUUUGUGAUGAACUUGACGAGACUGAAUAUGUUACCAGGCGACGGAGCAGCGCUGGCCGCCCGAGAGGGCUCGGGGCCGAGUGACACGGCGGGGCCGCCCUGAAGGCCGCUUGGAAGGGUCGUGGGUCCUGGGUCUAAGGUCAGAGGGCAGGCGAUGCAAAGCUGGGGCCCCUGCUGAGACGCCCCGAGCUUCCUGGGGUCUCAGAGCCCCCUCCCAUGGCUGCUCCAGGCUGGGCCUCCCGUCAGGGAGCCGCGGGGACGGGGCUUUGGGGAGAAGCCCGGCACUCGGCUCUGUCGAGGCGCCAUCGCACCCCACUCACCCUCUCACGGACACGUCAGGGCGCUGCAGGGCCCUCCGAGCUGGGCGGCCGUCACCGCCCUGGUAGACCGUUCCCAUCAGCCCACCCGGACACCCCCAGCGGGCGGCUCCCUCUUCUCCCUCCCUGCUCCCCCUGCCGGGCCCUGGAGCCGCCAGCCUGCCCGCUGCCUCCCUGGAUGGGCCUGCUCUGGACCCUCAUUUAAGGGGAGGCCCGCGGCCUCUCGGGGCCGGCCUGGCACAGGGAGGGGUGCACGCGGAAGGGCCUUUCUCUCCCGGCUGCAUCAGUCACACCCCGUCCCAGCUGCCCCGCUGGCCGUGGCCGUUUCCCGCGGUGGCACUUAGGGCGAGCGUGGCUGCUGUGCGCGCUCCCGCACCGCCUCCACGGGGACGUGCCCUCUCCUCCUGGGCCCCGUGCCCCGCAGGGAGGCUCACCCGGGAGCAGGUGCCUACGGUCUGCACGGCGUCCUCGCUCGCGCCCGCGUCCUGGUCGUCGCCCACGGCUCCGGCCAUCCUCGCGGACGCAGCUGGGUCCCGUCGUGGGCUUCGUUUGCGUUUCCCUGAAGGCGGCCGCCGCUCUGGCCGCCUGUCCCUGCUCCUCGGGAGAAGGACCGUCCAGGUCACCUGCCCACUUUCUGGCUGGGCCUCUUGUCUCUUCAUCACAGAGCGGUGGGGUUUGGGGGUCGCAGGGAUUGAGGGGCGUUUGGCAGGAUCUCCCUGGCCUGGGAGGGGCAGGUCCACCUUCCCCGGUCCAGGCUGCAAAGCCAGGUGCCCAGAACGCGUCCCAGGGUGGCCACGGGCGGUGGUUCUCAGCUUUCAGUGGGUGGCCGGGAACCUUGGUGCGGAGCGCGCCCACUGAGGCAGGGGCAGGCCUCGGGCGGGCGGGCACAUUUGGGGGUCAGCGGGGAGAAGCCUUC